UAGACCUGGAUCAUCAUGCGGGUUUGGAGAGUUCCAAAAAUCCAAACGUGGAGGCAGGGGUGUGAGUUUGCGCUCCGGACUAACCCAAGGAAACACAUCUCCUUAAGUCGUCUGUCUUCCUUUUAAAGCUGAGACGUCUUACUAGACACCAUUAGCACUGCCGAGACCAUUUUUGAGCCGUCCCGCUAGCGCGCCCACGUGAGGAAAAAGAGGGACACCGGCGGCUCUUCAGUUGUUUCCCCAGUUUGUUGACGGGAACUGAGAGGGUGAAGAAAGACAGCUCCGUACAAAGUUGGGGAUCCACCGUACACACCCUGUCCCCUCCUUCGGCAGCGCACGCCUGUCCCCCCGUAAGCCAUGCGGCGCGCGCCGCGGGGAUGAGAGAGCGGUCCGCCGGCGGGUAGGAGCGCGGAAUGAGGGGUACGGAGUCAGCGGGACGAGCCUUGCUGGCGCUCGGGCUGGGGCUGCUCCUCCUCCGAGGCCACGCGUCGCUGUUCUCGGAGUGGGAGGAGGAGGCGGACGAGGAGGACGGACCGGGCAGGGCCAACGAUCCGUGUAGCUCAGACAAUGUAGUGAUCGAGGGAGACAUUGCCAUCAGCCCUGAAGAGUUCGUACACUCCAGCAGUGACCACACCCCUCUUUGGAACGAGGAACACGACCGGGACACUUUCGACGGGAGAACUUUUUACCACAACGAUACGCUGGACGCUGCAAAGAAAAAGAAAGCAGGAAAGAGCCGUCCCACGCGAGCCGUUAGUAGCCUGCCGGAACGGCUGUGGCCAAAUGCCACAGUGCCAUACACCAUCAGUGAGAAAUUUGAUUCAAACUUGAUCCGUCUGAUCCGCCAAGCCAUGGACCACUGGGAGCAGCACACCUGUCUCAGGUUUACGGAGCACAGCGGAGAGAAGGAUUACAUCCACUUCGCCACCGGAAAGUGUGGAUGCUGCUCGUUUGUUGGUCGUCGUGGCAACGGUCGUCAGAAGGUCUCCAUCUCCCCCCACUGUGCGCUGUUCGGCGUGAUUGUCCAUGAACUUGGUCAUGUGAUCGGCUUCUGGCACGAACACAGCAGACCCGACAGAGACAAGUACAUCAAGAUCCUGAAAUCGAACAUCCGAAGGGAGAAACACGAGAACUUUGACCGCAAGUCCGUGUACGAGAUCGACUCGCUGGGCCAGGAGUAUGACUACUACUCCAUCAUGCACUACCCAAAACAGACAUUCAGUAUGAACGGGCGGGACACCAUCGUCCCUCUUCAAGAUGGUGUGACUAUAGGACAGCGGGAGCGUCUGAGCCAGGGUGACGUGAUCCAAGCCAGGGUGCUGUACAACUGUCCCAAGUCCAACUGCAAGCAGAACCUCACCACCCACAAAGGCACCAUCAAGACUCCGCUCUUCCCCUACAACUACCCUAAGAGGGAGCACUGUGAUUGGACCGUCUGGGCGCCGCCCGGACAUGGAAUCCGACUGGAGUUUGUGGAGUUUCAGCUGGAGGACUCCAGGAACUGUUCCUUCGACUACCUGGAAAUCUUCCAUGGGACCGAUGAUGGGGAAGCCAAGCUGCAGGGUCGUUACUGCGGCCAUGCCGUCCCGACGGAAGUGUACAGUUUGGGGCCGUUUGUCCAGCUGCACUUCCAGAGUGACGAGUCUGUGGUCGGCAAGGGCUUCAAGGUCAACUACACCGUGUAUGAACUUGAUCCCUUCUCCUUCCUGGAGUCAUCAGGACAGAUGCUGCACAGCGGGAGUGGGGACGACCCCAUGAUGAUGGAGAAGGAAAAAUAUCUACCAAGCUGUGGUGGUGUGCUAUCGGCCAGGGAAGGGAACAUCACAUCCCCGGGGUACCCUUACAGCUACUACAACGACAUUCAGUGUGCGUGGAUUAUAAAAGGUUCAGAAGGUGAAUCGAUCUCCCUGACAUUCCACGACAUCAACCUUGACUGUGACAGUGAGUUUAACUAUGUCCAAGUGGAGGAGCUGUAUGUGAACAUCACACAGUACGUCAGCUACCUGCUCAACCACAGUGAUAACGGAAGCUACGCGGACUGUAACACAACAUGCUCGAUGGUGGUUGGUCGGUACUGCCGGGUGAUGCCGCAUGUCAUCGUGACGGAGGUGGAUCAGCUGUUGCUCACGUACUCGUCCAACAGCAACAACAUCGGCAGCUUCACGGGAUUCCACGCCUCCUACACAGUAGACCUGGAUGAGUGUGUAGAGAACCAGAGCAGUUGUGGUCAGAUGUGCAUCAACAUGCAGCCCGGCUUCCGCUGUGACUGUGAGAGAGGCUUUGCGCUGGCGGACAACGGACGGGACUGUACGCCAAAGGAGAAACAAGUAUCAGUUGCUUGCGGAGGUUUGCUGACGGCGGCCCGAGGAGGUAUAAAGUUCACGAUCGUCCCCCAUGCCAUCACGGACUGUAUAUGGGUUAUAUCUGCCGAGAAAGGACACCGCAUAUUCCUCACCUUCGAAGAAUUCCACGUGAACUCCUUUGAGGAUUUCUCCUGUACAGACAACUACUUGGAAGUUACAACUGGGAAGCAAAAGGAUAAUCAGUCCAGAGAAAUUUCCAACAUUCCAGAAAGAAUAGCCAGGUUCAGUCCUCAGGGAAACGGCGGUCGAUACUGUGGGGACUGGAAACCUCCGCCGUACGUCACCACGGGAAGCGGUUCCAUCCAGCUGAGACUCCAUGUGACCAGUCAGAACAGUGUGGACUGGCCAGCACUGUCAGUCACAUACGCUUCUUACAAAAAGUCAGAGGAACGCUGCUACUUCAGACUGAUGGACCCCCGCUCAGGCUCCUUCUCCAGCCCAGGGUACCCCAACGGUUAUGCAGAGGACAUCUCCUGUGUGUGGAAAAUCAGUGUGCCCAGGCACCACAGAAUAAGGUUGAAGUUCAUUGACCUUGACGUGGAGCCUACUGUGGACUGUGAGUAUGACUUUGUAGCGGUGCAUGAUGGGAGACAUCGAGGCUCUCCUGUGAUUGGUCAGUUCUGCGGACCGGAGCCCCCCAGGGCCAUCACCUCCACAGGGAGACAUCUUCUCAUCAUGUUCCUGACAGACACGAGUAAGAGCGGUCGCGGGUUCCGAGCAGAAUACACCACGAUACUGAAACACAGGGGCUCACGCUCCCAGAGGUCCAGAUAUAGCGAAUUAUGAUAGACUGUUGUGUAGAGUGGCUACACUUUUAAUUAUCAUGUAAUGUAAUAUGUAUAUUGGUAUCAAGGCUGGAGCUAUAGCAUGAUCAUAAGAUUAAGUGAUAGGGGUUUAAAUUUUUGGCGACGGGUUUGAAUUUUGGGGGACGGGUUUGAAUUUUUGGCGACGUAUCAGGGGAUGAAUAUGAGAAUCAUAUUUGGCGCUGUAAACUGUUGCUAUGUCUGAAAGUACACGGAUUUCUUGAAAGUUACCUCUAAAAAUAGGACACCAAACCAGAUAAACAGUUUAGGAAUUGAUGUGGAUAAAUCUUUAAAAUUAUAUAUGAACAUGGUACAAUGUACUUGGAAACCACUGCAUAACAAACAAAAUCAUUCUCUUAUUAUUUUACAUC